AUGGAAUCCAUACUUAACAACAUUGAAUACGCAAAAGAAAAGAUCAUCGACAAAGCCAGCAAGGUGGACUCCAAGGACGUGAAAGAAGCCGGCCAACUCGCUGCUCUAACGCUGACAGCUUAUUACGCUUCGACGAAAUUGUAUGAUGCCUUCUUUGGUCCCCUUAGCGGUAUUCCUGGUCCAUUUGCCCAGAAAUUCUAUAGCAUGCACUAUUCACGAAAGAUGGAGAACCCACCAGGCACAUCGUGGGAACAACAAAUGGCAUGGCACAAGCAAUAUGGCAAGGUGGUGCGCCUUGGACCUAAUCGAAUUUCAGUGGCCGACAAGGACAUGGUGCAACAAGUGCUUAUGACCGAUGACUUUCCAAAAGGCCCCUCUUACAACCGAUUGCAAAGAUUGGGCGGUGUCAGUAUGUUGAGCACAAUCGAUAAAGCUGUGCAUAAACAAAGGAGACGUAUCGUUUCUCCUGCUUUCUCAAUCAAGUACCUGAACUCGUUGGAGCCCUUCAUGGCGAAAACCAACGAUGCGAUGGUGACUCGAAUCGAUAACGAUAUUGCAAAGACUCACAACGCUGAUGGCUAUGGCACUGUGGACAUGUGGCUCAUUUUCCAAUAUUUGGCUCUUGACAUCAUCGGCGAGACAGCGUUUGGUGAAACUUUUAACAUGCUUGAAAAGAGUGAUCACCCCGUGCCACGUGCGAUUACUAAGAACAUGCAAACCGGCUCCUAUCUGAUGAGCCAUCCUAUCCUUGGUGUGUUGCGUUCCAUGUAUUCUGUUGGCAGCACCAGUGUUGUAUCCGCCAACUUGGAGCUCAAGAAGUUCAUGAAGAAGAUCAUUAUGGAGCGUUUGAAAGGUGGCGAUGAGGCUCGCCGAAACGAUAUCCUUCAAAUUUUGAUUGAUAGCCAACAAGCCCAUCACGCUGACGACCGCCUUACUGCCGAUACCAUUGCACGUGAGACCGUGCUCUUCCUUGUUGCUGGAUCAGAGACCACUAGCAAUACAACCGGUUUUGCAUUUGUCGAAUUACUCAAGCACCCUGAAAUCAUGGAGAAACUACGUGCCGAGAUUGAUGCUAUCCCUGUGGAAGAUGAUAAAGAUUUGACCCACGAGCAAUUGAAGCACCUUCCCUAUCUCAACGCUGUCAUCAAUGAGACCUUGCGUCUGAACACAAUUGUAUCGGCUGGUGUCGAGCGUAUCGCACCCAAGGAUGUGGUGCUUGGUGGCAAGCAAUUUGUUCCCAAAGGUACCAUUAUCCACAGCAACUUUUAUUGCGUGCAUUUGGACCCUGAUUACUGGCCUGAGCCCAACAAAUUCAUUCCCGAGCGUUGGAUCGAAGGUUCAUCGAUGCCUGCAGACAAAAAUGCCUUCUAUCCCUUUAGUGCUGGAUCCAGAAACUGCCUUGGCAAGCAAUUUGCAUACCAAGAAAUGCGUUUAUCCAUUGCCACCCUUGUCCGAUUGUUUGACUUUAAGGCUAUACCCGAAGAGAUUGCCAACUCUGAUGAACGCCGGUGUUUCUUGACUUUAGCUGUAAAAUCUAACAGCUUCAAGGUCCUCAUGAAGCGCCGCAAUACGGCUUCUUUGUAG